UGCUUACUUAAAUUAUAACGAACCUACUGAAGGACAAGAUAUAGAAUUUUUUAGUUCUACAAAUGAUUCUCAAAGCAGUAACACAUCUGAUGAUGAAUAUAUAAUAUUUGAUCUGUUAGACACUACAGAUAUUGAUGCUAAUGAAUAUAUUGAAUUUGAUCAUUUGUUUUCUGAAAAGUUAAAGAAUUCUGAAAACAUAUAUCAGGAAUUCCUAUCAGAGAAAUACGCUGAAUUUAUGAAUAUA